UCCUCUUUGUGUUGUUUUCCUUCUUGGAAGUGUGUUUUCCAUACAUACUGAAUACUGUAAGCCAUGGCACUUCCGGGUGGAAACCAGGACUUACGUGGAGAAGGAAGGGAGGAAAUGGGGAGAGGAAAGAUAGAAAUAAAAAGGAUCGAAAACACGACAAACCGACAAGUGACAUUCUGCAAGAGAAGAAAUGGUUUGCUGAAAAAGGCUUAUGAACUUUCGGUGUUAUGUGACGCCGAAGUAGCUCUCAUCGUCUUCUCCACCCGUGGUCGCCUUUACGAAUACUCGAAUGACAAUAUAAAAUCGACAAUCGAAAGGUACAAGAAGGCAAUCGCUGACAAUUCAAACUCAGGUUGCAUCAUAGAGGUCAACUCUCAACAAUACUACCAGCAAGAAGCAACAAAGUUACGUCACCAAAUACAGAUUCUACAGAAUGCAAACAGGCACUUGGCAGGAGAAGGUUUAAGUUCUUUAACCAUAAAGGAACUCAAGCAACUUGAAAGCAGACUAGAAAGAGGAAUUGCACGUAUCAGAUCAAAGAAGCAUGAGUUGCUCUUUGCGGAGAUUGAGUACAUGCAGAAAAGAGAGCUGGAACUUCAAAAUGACAAUACGUAUCUCAGAUCAAAGAUAGCAGAAAGUGAAAGAGUACAGCAUACAAAUGCAGCAUCGUCCGGGGCAGAGUUCAAUACACUUCCAGCAUUUGACGCCCGAAACUACUACCAUAUCAACAUGUUAGAAGCAGCAGCUCACUACUCACACCAACAAGAUCAGACAGCGCUUCAUUUAGGAUAUGAAACAAAAGAUGAUCCAGCUGCAUAACAAUCAUUUAAUACACCUUUCCUUGUUAAGUUAUAUUUUCACUAACCUUCGGAACCUCUGUUUAGUUUGUUGUUACUUGGUGAUGGAGGGGCAGCAAACUUCUAGCUUCAUGUUUAUGUCUAUGCACACUGAUGAACUUUAAAUUUAAUCAGAAAAACCAGACAAUAUGUG